CCAGGGUCUAAUUUAUGUCCAUGUGAAGUCAGAUAAAAUUGCUUUUAGUUGUAUGUUUACCCGUGUAUGGACCAGCAUCACCUCCAUUGGCCGAUCUGGUCACAUGGUUCGCUAACUUUAUUCAGUUGACACCAAGUAGGAGGGCUUUAUGGAGGGAGGAAAAAAAGACAACUCGAGAAAAAUUAGUAUUUUCUACCUUCAAGAAAUUAAUGGCCAUGAGUUCGUAUAUGGUGAACUCUAAGUAUGUGGAUCCCAAAUUUCCUCCUUGUGAGGAAUAUUCACAAAAUAACUAUAUACCUGAGCAGGGCUCGGACUACUACAGCCCAUCGCAGGACUCAGACUUUCAGCAUCCAGGGAUCUACCCCCGGUCAAACUACACGGAGCAGCCCUUCAGCUGCACCACGGUGCCGGACUCCAGCGUGCAACAGCGGGGUCAUGUUAACGACAGAUCCGGCCACACGAGCCCCUUCGGCGGACACGCUGAGCAGGGGGGCCCGGUGCAAGUGUCCGGACCUCGGACUUGUGGGCAGCAGCAAAACACAAAGAGCCAAAAUGGGAUCCAAGCCAAGCAGCCUGCAGUAGUUUACCCCUGGAUGAAGAAAGUCCAUGUAACUACUGUGAACCCGGACUACACAGGAUCCGAGCCCAAACGCUCCAGGACAGCUUACACCCGGCAGCAGGUUCUGGAGCUAGAGAAGGAGUUCCAUUUUAACAGGUAUCUGACCAGGCGGCGGAGGAUCGAGAUCGCCCACACGCUCUGCCUGUCCGAGAGGCAGAUCAAAAUCUGGUUUCAGAACAGACGCAUGAAGUGGAAGAAAGAUCACAAACUGCCCAACACCAAGGGGAGAUCAGCACCAGCAGGAUCCAGCCAUCUGCAGAGCCUUCACAAGGACAACCAGACUGAUAUCACAGCGUUAUAAAGGAGGAGAGCAGCAGUGAACUGUACAUACAAAGACAAAGGGUUGCAUCUGAAUUUUGCAUGGACAUGUCUUUUGUUAGGAUUUAUUAUUAUUAUUAUUAUAAUUUAACAAAAAUGACCCCAACAGUGUUGCCUGAAGAGUCAGAAAAUCAAUCAGUGCUGAGAUUUGAAAGUUGCGCCUUUUUCUGAUUUGUAAUUGCAGAAAGGAGCUCGAAAACCUGGUGAGAAGCUUAAUUUCGUUUUUAUAUUUUUUGUUUGGUUCCUUCUUGUUUUAUUCUUGCAGAGAAAGGCUCCAAAAAGCAAACAUCAAACAAACUUUUUCCUCCUUUUAUUUUUAUUCCUUCUCCUCGGAUCUCACACCCAAAACUCCCCACAAUCCUUGAACUCUUUUCCUUUUUUUUUUUUGCGCCAUUUUUGGGACUUUACACAUCUAAAGAGCACCCACGGCUGAUUUCAUGGAUUUAACCCAAGUGUUUCUGCUCCUCACGUGGACUCAAAAUCAAAAAACCAGGAAACCCUUUCAAAUCAAAACCUUAUUCUUCCUAUCACAACGCGCCACUUUUACGCACAAAACCCACACAAAUAUACUUGAAGGAAGCACUAUUUCUCUUCCAUGACUUAAUCAUCCCGUUGAUUUUCUCCUCCACGCUCCUUUGUGACUCGUCUGAUUUAAUUUAUUUUGUACAAUGAAGCUUUGAUUUUUUUAUAUUCUAAAUAUAAUUCCCAAAAAAAGCCGAACAUUCCUCCUCUGAGUGCCCUUAUAAAUCUCUCUGACACCUUUGUAAACAGUGGACAUGCCAUCUGAAACUCCACCAUUUGUUCUUGCAUGGCACCAGGCUGAUAUUGGAAAUAAUCACAUCCGGAAUAUUUUAGGAGUACAAUUGUUUCUUGAUAUGAUUUUUACGUCAUUAUUUAUUUGUUUAAAACGUGUAAAUUUUACGCACACAUACAAAUUAAAUAAAAAAAAAGUAUUCGUUAAAUUUUAAUUAAUCUAAAAUAUGUUUGAACUCUUGUGCAUUAUUCGCAUGGUUGUAUGCAAACUUUUAGUCUUAGUUCAUGUGGGAAUCUUCCAGUUUUUCAUUGACAAACCGAGGGGGGCUUUCAAAGCAGAUAUUUCUUGUUUCAGACCGUCAUUGUCUCUCGGAACAAAACACAAAAAAAAAAAGGCCCAGGAGCUCUUCUUGUGCAUACGUGGAGGUCUCCUCUACACCAUGAGGAGGCUUGAAAAGGUAUUUGAAGCGAAGGUCGACAAAGAAGGAGCAGCAGCAGAAGCAGGUUCAUCCAGGGGACACAUUUCAGCCGCAAGGACUGACCCCAACACCCCCUGACCCGCCGGACAGGCAGCAUUUUCUCUCCCAGGCGCUGCGAGCUUCACUUUGGAGGCUUUUUUUUUUUCUGAAAAGCAUUUAAAGCAAGAGUCAGUGUUUGAAUUCCUCUGUUUACAUGAAGCCCCCAAAAGGUUCUGAUUGUGCAUUUGUCUCAUGUCAAUAUGCAAUCUUUUUUGGUUUU